UCUCCGAGUAAGGCGCCCGCAAAAGUUUGUGCCGAUACUAUUCCGCCCCACUCGGGAAUUGAACGUGUCUAUCGCUGGCACCGGCUGUCUCUCUCUCUCUGGUCCUCCGUUGCCGCGUUCUGCUCAUGCUUACACCGUCGCCUGCGUGAUACGAAGCGCCACUACUUUGAUCUGUGUAUGGUAAAACUUCCCUUUUUUUUUUCACGUCGCGCGCAAUUCUUCGGUAAACUGAUGACGGUAGCGCUCGCUGCACGCACGCGUUACCGAUGACGACGCAUCGUCUGCUCAUUUGAAACGUGAGCUAGGGAAGCGCGGUCAGGGAUUGGCGACGCGGCAUAGAACGCGGAAACAGAGAGAAAGAAGGUACACGAGCUGAACAAAAAAAGAAAUUGCGCGCGUUGUUCCCAUUUGUCAGAGGUCCGGUUUCGUGGCAAGCGAUUUGGAACUGGCUGUGUUGGUACACCUCCUCCGCGCACGUGUCAGUGGCGCUUUUGGCUGCUUCCCAGGAACUUUCUGUCCUGAGCUGCAGCAGCAGAACCACCAGAGGCCUUACGCAGUCGCGGGCGGCGGCGUCAUUUCGUGGGCAGGACAGUAGUUGCCCGCGACACGGGGCUUCGACCUGAUGGAGUCCAACUGCUCUGUGGACCUGUGGGCCGAGCCUCUGGACGUAUUCAAUUUCAGCAACACCUCGUUCCUGGAUUUGGACGAGCUGGACUCGACGUUCACGUGGAAAGAGUACCUAAAGAUGAGUGUCUACCUAGUGACCAUCGUGGCCGCGCUGGUGGGCAACUUCGCGGUCAUCGUGACCGUGGUGACCAACCGCGUGAUGCGCACCACCAUCAACUACUACCUGCUCAACCUCGCCGUCGCCGACACGCUCAUAUGCAUCUUCUGCAUGUGGGUGCACUUCGUCAACAGCCUGUCCACAUUCUACGUGCUCGGAUCCUUCAUGUGCCGCUUCGAGGGCUUCGCAAAGAUGACCUGCCUGACGUGCAGCGUGCUCACGCUGUCGGCCAUCUCGUGCGACCGCUUCAUCGCCAUCAUGUUCCCGCUACAGGCGCACGUGCGCGUGACCAAGCAGCGCACCAGUGCCGUUAUCGGCGUCAUCUGGGUCGCCUCCGCCGCCAUCUCUGUGCCUUUGAUCGUCUUCUCACGCCUGUACACGGUCUCCUCGCUCAAAAAGCGUCCUGCCAUCGUGGGCACGACAGACGUGAUCUAUGUGGUGUAA